AUGAAGGUUCUGGCUCUCACCAUCUUCUGCCUGCUCAUUGCAGUGAAUGAAGCCAAGGUAUAUGAGAGAUGUGAACUUGCUCGGCUUUUGAAACGGCAUGGGAUGGAUCGCUACUAUGGCUACAGCCUGGCCAACUGGGUCUGUAUGGCUUAUUAUGAAAGUCGAUUCAACAGCAGGGUUGUAGGGCCAAGAAACAGUAAUGGCAGCCAUGACUAUGGGAUUUUCCAGAUCAACAGCCGAUGGUGGUGCUCCAAUGGACAAGGCAAAACAAGUAAUGGUUGCAAGUCGUCAUGCAGCAAAUUCAUAAAUGACGACAUCACAGAUGAUAUUGCGUGUGCUAAGAGAAUCGUCCGUGACCCCAACAGGAUGGAUGCCUGGGUAGCUUGGAGAAAAUAUUGCAAAGGAAAAGAUCUUUCAAAAUGGACUCAUGGCUGCAACGUCUGAGUUGGAUGGUUCUGAAUAAAAUCCAGCAUUUCUCUUGACAAAUGUGAUACUUUUCUCUGAACAAUCAAAAUUCAGGAAGUUCUUUCUAUGCAAAUAUUAGUGUACUUGGCACCCCGUGUGGUAGAUAGAACAGCCUUCUCUGCAAAUAAAUGUAGUAAAAUUAUUUGGAAUGUGUCUGGGUGAC